GUUACUACGGUGGAGAAGGCGGGCACUAGGGACAGUGCUUCAACUAAGUGUGGGGGAGGAGAUUACUCAUGGUGUUAGCAUGGACGUCUCCAGCUUUGCUGCUCUGAAGAAGAAGCUGGCCAAGGAGCCAAAAAAGAAGAAGGAGACGGGGGUUCAAAAACCUGUCGAUGAAUUCUUCAAGAACGAUGGGGCGUCUCAGGCCCCGGAGGGGGAGGGACCCUCCAAAGCAGGUGAUACCGGUGCUGGUGCCGGGGGCUCUAAGGGGGAGGAGCUCAAGAGAAAGAAUUCCGGGAAGGGUGUUGCUCCCUCGGAGAAUAAGAAGCAGAAGAAGGGGGCCUCCGGGAAGAAGGAUGCUCCCAUAGUGAUAGUCGAGGAGCAGCCUUCCUCGAAUCCUCCUGCGACUACCCCUCCUCGAUCUCCUCCAUCCCCCAUAGACGAGGGAAUCCGCCCGGCGGAGAUCAUCCAGUUCCCUGUCAAGUCGGGGACCUCAGUUAUGCAUGGCACCCUUCAUCCUGUCGGCUUCAUGAGGGGGGGUCAUGGCGCCGAAGGAUAGGUCAGUGCUGGCCCGCCUCGGGGAUGACAUCCUCGAUUAUAAAGUCGCGAGCUACAGCACUAUGGUGAGUUGUCUUCCCUUUUUAUCUCCUUCAAUUCUUUCUUUUUUUACGAUAGCCCCCGGUGAACCAUUCUGAUGCCAUAUUUUCGUUUAUGUGCGUUUAUGUGCAGGCUGCCUUGGCUGCUUCUGAGCAGGCCCGAAGGGUUGAGCAGCUGAGGAUUGCCAAGUGCCAGGCGGACGAGGCCCUGAAGAAAGCUGAUGAGGAGAAGGUCACCCUUAGGCAGAGGGUUGCUGAUGUGGAGGCGAGCCUUCGGCUGGAGAAGGAGGCCACGGAGCAAAGGCUCAAAGAUGCUGAGGCCAGGGGGAAAGCCGCAGCCGAGGAAAUUGCCGCAGUUGCCGCCAAGACCGCCGCCGAGGCCGCCGAUAUCGCUAAGGCCGAAGCGGUAGCUAAAGCUGAGAAGAAGGCCGUCGAGUCUUUUCUUGCCGAGGGCUGGAUGGCAGCUGAUUACGAGGGUUGGGUGGCCUCGGUGAUGGAGAAGAGGGUGGAUGCUUGGACCCAAGGCCCCGGGGCUAUGUGGCUGGCCCGGAAAGGCAAGGAUUACUACGAUGGCGGGGAGUUCUUCACUCAACGCUUAGUGUACCGGAGGCUGGCCCGGCAUUUGAAGAUAGAGCCAAAGGAUUUCAACCCCGCGGCGUAUGGUCUCCCCCUCCUUCAGCCAGACGUUAGAGUGCCACUUCCCCCGGGCGAAGAGAGACCAGAUCUCGAAGACUCGGAGCUGCUGGCAGAAGCCGAGGAUGCCGAGGAGGAGGUUGGGGAUGGCGCUACCUCCGAGCCGAAAGUUGAUGCGGCCCAAGGAACUCAGACUUAGAAAUUUUUUGAUGCAUCAUUUUGUAAUAGCUUGUAGCUUCCGGCUUCUGCCAUGUAACGUAAACCAAACAUCUUGUUGUUACUUUGAAUUUUCUGCUAAUGAAUGAAUGAUCGCCUUCGGGCCUUUUCUGAGUGGAUGCCUCCUGUCUUCGAAUUUUUUUUUUAUGGAUGUAUGCCUUUCUUUACUUGGGCGAAUGUAUGUUUUCCUCUCUUUGUCUGGUUUCCCGAAGGUCACGAGUUUGUGGACUUAGAAAAAUUUUCUGAGUGUCGCUCCUUGCUAGCCCUCGACUGUAGUGUAGUAUCACGAGCCAUCAGUUGUGUAUUUGGGGUUGCCGGGGGGCUUGUCGUUGUGGACUUAGAAACUUUUCUAAGCAAAACUUUUGUCAAAAACCCUUCGGAUGUAGCGCGUAACCUCAGAAAAUAAUCUAAGUGAAACUCCAUUGGCAGCCUUUGAUAAAGAAUCCUUGUAGUUGCUUCCGGGGUGAAGUUUUAGGACCGAGGGCUAAAAUGAAUUAGACUCAGGAAA